AUGCAGUACACCGCAUUGUCUGUGGCCUUCUUCGCGGCUUUGGCCACCGCUCAUCAACAUGCUCCCCAGCAUUUCCACCACCGCAGACAGCUCAAUGGAACCUCCACCGACUCUGGUGACCAGACCACUUUGGUUGUCACUCACUUCAUCACCAGCACUAUCACCAGCUGCGCCGCAACUGUGACAAACUGCCCAGCGAGAAACUCCGCAUCUGCUGGUGUCGUUGUCACUGACACUGUUGUCGUUGCCACAACUGUCUGCCCAGUUGCGGAAGCUUCAUCUGCCAGCGCCGCAGCCAUCGCCUCGUACGUCGCUUCUACCAGUGCUGCUUCCAGUGCAUCAGCGACUGGUUCAGGAUACGCUCCAGCAGGACCCGGUCCUACUGCCCCAGGCGGACCAGUAGCGGGUACUUCUGCCCCAGCUGCAUCUUCUGUCGCCGGUGGAGCCUCUUCUCCAGCAUCCUCCGCACCAGCAGGCUCAAACGUCGUUGGAGCUGUCACCACAUCCGCUCCAUCAGUCCCUCUCAGCACUGGCUCUGGAGGUAGCGUUGUAGCAGUUGGCACAUCUAACACUGUCCUCACCUACACUCUCGGCUCCGGCUCAUCCACCACCGUUGUCACCACUACCAUCAAGCACACCAGCUACGCUACCGUCCUUGCCACCAAGUCUGCCAGCUCUGGCGCCGCAGGUGGAGCAGCUGGAUCGGCCAGUGCCUCUGGUCCCACUACCACUCUCUAUGGUACCGAGACCUCCACCAAAUAUGUUACCGUCGUGGCAGCUUCUACAGCCAGCGGUUCAGCUGGAGCUAGUGCUACAGCCGGAAGCAGCGCAGGUGCUGCUGGUGCCUCGGGUUCCGCAUCAGGUUCUGCUGGCCUCAAGACUGAUGUUGCAGCCUCUGGAUCUUGCGCCCCAGUCACCGUCACUGUUGCUCUCUCAACUGUCACUGUGACUGCCGCCGCAUCAGGUGCUGCCUCAGCUUCAAGCCUUGCCGUCAAGAACCAAGCUGCCAGCAGCUCAGGCUCCGCGGUUGUAGUCCUCAGCACCGCGACUGUGCUCCCAGUCCCAGUCAGCACCGGACCCCCAUACGGAAACGGUACCGAUAGCAACGGCUCUGGUGCCGCCAGCGGAACCGCAUCCCGCAAGCCCUGCUCCAGUGUCUUCCCCAGCGGAUUCAUCUCCAAGGCCGCCAAGCCCACCGGCUACUAA